AUGACAGUACACUCAUUCCUCUUCUACACAGCAACACUGACGUUCGGCAGAUCCCUGUCAGCGGAGAAAAUCGACAAAAGGGUGCAUAUGUUGAUGCGACAAUUCGACCUAUUGGGAUAUAGCCAUGAAAAACUUCAGCAUUUAUCCGUCAGUGCUCAGAGACGGGCUCUCCUUGCUUAUGCUCUCAUCAAGGACCCAGUGUUGCUGGUAGUGGAAGAUCCAUGUGAUGGGUUGGAACCGAUCUCUAGUUAUCAGUUGAUGUACUGUUUGCGGAUCUAUGCAGCUGAACACAACCGAAUCGUUCUUGUAUCUAUAGGAAAUCCUCGAUCUGAUCUCUGUCAAGUGAUUUCUAGUCUAACCAUGCUUUUCCAGGGAGCAGUACUCUAUUCAGGACGUAUAAAAAAUUUGCCCACAUAUUUUCAAGAUGUAGCCUUACCGUGCCCAGAAAAUGAGAAUCCAGCUAUGUACUAUCUGUCCUUGGCCACAUUAAGCUACGAGACAAAAAGUGGCUUCGACCGAACACAAGCCCAAGCACUUCGAAUGGUUGAGUUGUUUAAGACCCAAUCGCCUCCUUUGCCUCCUUCGAGGUUUCGGCAAAUUGAAACCGACGAUGGUGGCACCGUAGCGCUAUGCUUUUUGGGCAGAUCGUCAGCUACUACAAAGUUUUUUGUUUUAGUAAGGCGUUCAUUCCUGACAAUAACCUCAUGGCAAUGCUCUCUUCUCCUCAGGAUCGCUCUACUUCCACUUCUUAUGCUAGUUACGGCUCUAUUCAGCACAAACCUUCUAUCUGGUUCAUGGAUCUCUCCUUAUACCUCAUUCAGAAUACUUGAAUUGUCUCUACUUAUCAGUUAUUGUACCAGUACUUUGCUGGCUCUCACCUGCUAUGAAGGCCUACUGUCUCUCAGUGUUGCCGAAAAUUGCGACUGUAUCUACAAUAAAAGCCUAUCGUUCCUGAGUUAUAUGUGUACAGUUUUUGGCAUUGACGUUUUGUCGUCGUUGCUGUCGGCUGCUAUUCUUCUUUGCAUUUCAAACAUCGUCUGGCCGGUGGCAAUUUUACGGACAGCGAUCGUCCUUUUAUGCGUAUUUCUGAGUGCUCAUCUCAUCACAAUGACGGCGAUGCUCUACAUUCGAGACAGCCUGGCAUGUGCGGCCCUUUCUGUCUUCAUCUUCACCAUUUGCCUACUUUUCGGCAGUGGAUUACUGCGGUACGGUGUUCAGUCGGUAAAAACCAUUACAUUAUAA